UGAAUUUCAGUGGUAGGUUUGCACGGGUCCGCCGUUUGCCUGGACCUGCCCCUUUAAGACGAUUGCUGUAGGAGUGUCUCUCUCGCUACAGCUUCAUCUGGAGUGUCUGGAUGGUGGAUGAAGUCAAUGAGCAAAGGGAAGGGGCGCAAACCCAGAGGAGAGCCCGGCUGGCAGUCUGAAAUUGGGGAUUAGGGAGCCAGACGCCUGCUCGCCCUGUGCAGACAAUGGAUUCUGCUCCCCAACUCUCCACUCGUUUGGUUUUGCUGCUCUUCAGUCUGUGGCAUCUGGGAUUAACAGCAACAAAUUAUAAUUGCGAUGAUGCACUAGUAUCCUCAUUGCCUCUGACCGCCUUUGACAGCUCCUCAGAGCUCUUCAGCGUUCACAAUCCCAGCUUCGCCAAGCUCAACAGACGGGAUGGAGCUGGUGGUUGGUCCCCAUUGGAAUCGAAUCCGAAACAAUGGCUUCAGAUUGAUCUGGGAGACAGAGCUGAGAUUACAGCAGUCGCCACCCAAGGCAGGUACGGAAGCUCUGACUGGAUAACAAGCUACAUUCUAAUGUUCAGCGAUACAGGACGCAACUGGAAGCAGUACAGACAAGAAGACGGGAUCUGGAGCCGUGUGAAAGAGAGAGAGAGAAAGUGUGCAUCACAGGUCUUCACAGGGAACACUAAUGCAGACAGUGUGGUACAUCACAAACUUCUGCACUCCGUGAAAACCCGCUUCCUGCGCUUCGUCCCUCUGAAAUGGAAUCCCAGUGGAAGAAUAGGCCUGAGAGUUGAGGUCUAUGGUUGCUCAUACAAAUCGGACAUAGCAGAUUUCGAUGGCAGAAGUUCCCUCCUGUACAGAUUCAAUCAGAAAAUGAUGAGCACCUUCAAAGACGUGGUUUCCCUAAAGUUCAAGAGCAUGCAGGGGGAUGGAGUCUUAUUCCACGGAGAGGGACAGCGCGGAGACUACAUUACACUGGAGCUGCAGAAAGGGAAACUCUCCUUGCACAUUAACCUGGGAGAUGCCAAGCUGCGUUUCAGCACCAGCCACACAUCAGUCACCCUGGGCAGCCUCCUGGAUGAUCAGCAUUGGCACUCGGUUCUCAUCGAACGCUUCAACAAGCAAGUGAACUUCACGGUGGACAAGCACACUCAGCAUUUCCGAACCAAGGGGGAUUCAGAUCACCUGGACAUUGAUUAUGAGCUCAGUUUCGGGGGGAUCCCAGUCCCAGGAAAGCCAGGAACCUUUCUGAAGAAAAAUUUCCUUGGAUGCAUCGAGAACCUUUAUUACAAUGGAGUCAAUAUAAUUGACCUGGCAAAAAGGCGUAAACCUCAGAUCUACACUGUGGGCAAUGUGACUUUUUCCUGCUCAGAACCACCAAUUGUUCCCAUCACCUUUGUCAGCUCCAGCAGCAGCUAUUUGCUUUUACCUGGCACCCCCCAGAUUGAUGGGCUGUCAGUCAGCUUCCAGUUUCGAACGUGGAACAAAGACGGGCUGCUUCUGUCCACGGAGCUGUCUGAAGAUUCCGGAGUUCUCCUGCUUUACCUUCACACUGGCAGGUUGACACUUGUCAUACAGAAAGUGGCAGAAAACUCCAUGGAGAUCAGUGCAGGCAGCAAUCUCCAUGACGGGCUCUGGCAUUCAGUUAACAUAAACGCCAGAAGGCAUCGUAUCACCCUGACUCUGGAUAACGACGUCGCCGCAGCUGCUCAUGCAACCACCCUCUCGCAGAUCUAUUCUGGGAACAGCUACUAUUUCGGAGGGUGCCCUGACAAUUUCACCGAGUCCCAAUGUUUAAAUCCCAUUAUUGCUUUUCAAGGCUGCAUGAGGCUCAUCUUUAUUGAUAACCAGCCCAAGGACCUCAUUUUAGUUCAGCAAGGUUCCCUGGGGAAUUUUAGUGAUUUACACAUUGAUCUGUGUGACAUCAAAGACAGAUGUUUGCCCAACUACUGUGAACAUGGAGGAAAAUGCUCCCAGUCCUGGACCACCUUUUACUGUGAUUGUAGCGAAAUGGGUUACAUGGGAGCAACCUGCCAUAACUCCAUCUAUGAACAGUCGUGUGAAGCCUAUCGUCACAAAGGGAAGACGUCUGGUUUCUUCCAUAUUGAUUCCGAUGGAAGUGGACCGCUUGGACCGUUCCAGGUUUACUGCAAUAUCACGGAAGAUAAGAUCUGGACUGCGGUACAGCACAACAACACAGAGCUAACCAGAGUCCAAGGGGCUGACCCUGAGAAACCAUAUGCCAUGUACUUUAACUACAGCAGCAGUCUGGACCAGAUUGAGGCCAUGAUAAACAGCGCAGAGUACUGUGAACAGGAGGUGGCUUACCACUGCAAAAAGUCCCGUCUGCUGAACACCCCGAAUGGAAUGCCGUAUGUUUGGUGGGUUGGCCGUGCCAAUGAAAAGCAUCCUUACUGGGGAGGAUCUCUUCCUGGGGUUCAGCAAUGUGCCUGUGGACUGGAAGAAAGUUGUCUGGAUAUGAGAUAUUUCUGCAACUGUGAUGCCGAUAAAGAAGAAUGGACACAUGAUACUGGCCUUCUUUCCUUCAAAGACCAUUUGCCUGUAACUCAACUCGUGAUCACUGACACAAACAGAUCAAACUCAGAGGCUGCUUGGAGAAUCGGCCCCUUGCGUUGCCAUGGAGACAGACAGUUCUGGAACGCAGCUUCUUUCAACACAGAGGCCUCCUAUCUUCACUUCCCCACCUUCCAUGCAGAGUUCAGCGCAGACAUUUCCUUUUUCUUCAAAACCACGGCUGUGUCUGGGGUCUUCCUGGAAAACCUUGGGAUUAAGGACUUCAUCCGCAUCGAAAUAAGCUCCCCCAAGGAGAUCACCUUCUCCAUAGAUGUUGGAAACGGGCCUAUGGAAGCUACGGUGCAGUCUCCCAUGUCUCUGAAUGACAACCAAUGGCACUUCGUCCGAGCCGAGAGGAACCUCAAGCAAACAUCUCUUCAAGUGGAUAACCUUCCUAAAAAGAUUCUGGAGGCACCUGCCGAGGGGCAUUUUCGUUUGCAGCUUAAUAGUCAAUUCUUUGUAGGGGGAACAGCUUCCAGACAGAAAGGUUUCCUGGGAUGCAUCCGCUCUUUACAUUUAAAUGGGCAGAAACUGGACCUGGAAGAGAGGGCUAAAAUGACCCCUGGAGUCAAGCCUGGCUGCCCGGGACACUGUAGCAGUUAUGGUAAUCUCUGUCACAACGGAGGCAAAUGCGUGGAGAAAUACAACGGUUAUUUCUGUGACUGCACCAGCUCUCCCUACGAAGGGCCCUUCUGCAAGGAAGAGGUUUCUGCAGUGUUUGAAGCUGGCACCUCAGUUACCUAUAUUUUCCAAGAGCCUUAUCCAGUGACAAAAAAUGCAAGCACUUCAUCCUCUGGCAUUUAUGCAGACGCCAUCAUGUCCAAGGAAAACAUUGCAUUUAGCUUCCUGACAGCACGUGCUCCAAGCCUCCUGCUCUACAUCGACACCUACUUUCAUGACUAUUUGGCUGUGAUUCUCUCCAAAAAUGGAAGCUUACAAGUCCAAUACAAGUUGAGUAAGGAUGGCUUCCUCGUUUUCACCAUUGACUCUGGAAACCUUGCCAACCGGGAAUUACACCAUGUGAAGAUCAACAGAGAAGGAAAAGAACUCAUCAUUCAGGUUGAUCAAGUUCUCAAACUCAAGCACAACCUCUCGGAGAUUGACUUCAAGGCCAUCAAAUCGCUCACCUUAGGCAAGGUCGCAGAUAGUCUGGGACUAGAUUCUGAGGUCUUGAAGGCGAACUCGCAUGGCUUUAUGGGAUGCCUGUCCUCUGUCCAGUACAAUCACAUAGCUCCAUUGAAGGCCGCCUUACGACAUCCCAGCAUAGCUCCCGUGACUGUCAAAGGCUCCUUGACUGAAUCGAGUUGUGGAUACAUAGCAGAGGCUGAUGUGAACACCAUCACCACAGUAUAUUCCUCAUCAGAUCCCUUUGGGAAGUCGGAUGAGCGGGAGCCCCUCACCAAUGCAAUCAGAAGCGAUUCAGCUGUUAUUGGAGGUGUAAUAGCAGUCGUAAUAUUCAUCAUCUUUUGCAUCGUGGCCAUCAUGAGCAGAUUCCUCUACCAGCACAAACAGACACAUCGAAGUAGCCAGGCGAAGGAGAAAGAAUACGCAGAAAACCUCGACAGUUCCUUUAAAACUGACAUUGACUUGCAGAACACAGUGAGUGAAUGCAAACGGGAAUAUUUCAUCUGAUGGAUUGUGUGGUUCCUUCUUACUCUCCUCCCCACACCUGGCCUUUUUUUCUUUUCUUACCCAUUAAUUUAUUUGCCAGCUUUUAAACCUUUUGGAAGGAGACUGCCCUGCACAGGAGAAACUGGCAGACACUUCAAUGCCUCAUUCCCUUCACAAAAACCUGCCACAGUUACAUCGGCAUCUCAAGAGACCUGCUAUUCUACUCUGGACAGAAUAAGUUCACGAACUUGCAUGGUUGCCUAUUAAGUUUCUGGAUUUCUCAAGUCUUAUGUUGUUUUCUGGAACCAUUUAACUCACCACUUUGUAUCUGAUCUGAGCUAUAUAAACUAGAGGUAAAGUACUGUAGCUAAAUAAGUAGCAUCACAGCUUUUGGGACAGGGUAGCAGGAAAGAAUAAGACCAAAAUGGCUGAUUUAUUAUAAGAUGCAUUUAAACCAAUCAUAAAGUAGCAGCUAGGUCCUCAGUUGAUGUCAUUUGCCAUCAAACCGUUGACUUCAAUGGAAUUACACCAGUUUUCACCAGCUGGGAAUCUGGCAAGAAGUUACAAUUAUUAUUUUCUUUCUCUCCUUAAGCUCCUUCCCCCAUCCUUUUACUGUAACUUUUAGGCUUACAAAUGUUUUUAAAAAAUACAGGAAUACUGAUAACAGCAUUGGACAAAAUUCAUUCCAGUGCACCUUGUAUACCUCCGUCUCAUAAGUAUGACUAUUUAGAACCAACGUACUCUAGCAUAAUUCUAGAUGAAGCAUGGAAGAUAGUACUUAAAGGGUUUUAGGAGGCUUCUAGGACUUAGGUGCUCUAUAAAUUUCUCUGAUGACUUGUCUGAAACAUUAGAAGAGCAGCAUACACACGCUAACAUCAUAUACAGAAUGAUCUUGUGCUGAGGUCAAACACUUAAGCGACUGUGGCAAAAAACAAACAAAAGAAGAAGACAAACCAACCCCACCCAAACCAUGAGAUCUAAAUUCUGCUGAUUCAUAUAAAAAAGGCAAAAUUGUUAUUACAUUGCUUUUAAAAAACUGCAUGAAUGAAGCGAUGGUGCUUCCUGUUUGUAGAAACCAGGAUGUUUCCCCUCAAAGAUAAGGAAAAGGUGGCUUUUAAAAAUCUGCGCCAGACAAACUGGAUGAGGUUAAUAUCUUUUGUGGACGAACUUCUGUUGGUGAAAGAGACGAGCUUUUGAGCGUACACAGUGCUCUUCUUCAGUCUAAGCUCGAAAGCUUGUCUCUCUCGCCAACAGAAAUUGAUAAAAGAUAUUACCUCACCCACCUUGUCGGAUAUCCUGGGACUCAUAUGGCUAUGAUAACACUUAGUCAAAUUCAUUCACAAGGAGAAAAUUGUAAAGGAGCAUGUACUAAGUUCUGGAUUUGUAAUUUUAUUUUCUCCCUUUCUCCAAUGGUUUUCUGUUCUCUCCUGUUUGGGGACACUGGCUAGCGGAAGUAGAAGGGACUCUAAUCUGCCUCCUCUAUUCUUUCUGAGGGAUCACUGAAUGUGGAAUCAAAUUUCUCUUUCACUCAAAAAAUAGUGUGGGGGGGAGGGGGAGCUUGAGCCCCGCGUGAGCUUGCAUGAUGGUCCCAUCCCAGAUGCUAGAUGUGUGUUUGAUGUCAUACAGGGCCCGUCCUGGGAGCUUAACAGUCUAAGGAUCUGAUCCAAUGCCCAAGAGAAAAGGGGAGUCUUCCCAUUGAUUUCAGGGGGCUUUGGUUCAGGCUCUAGGGAAUCAGCUGUUCAUCAGGACCCCUGGACCCAUAUGGAGUCCCAAAGGCAUUUCCACAUGGUCACAAGGGUUUGCACUACCAGAUCUUGCUGCAGCAAAGGGACCAAUAACAAUAGGAAGCACGGCAGCUGCACAAAG